CGCGACAGCAACGAUCUUUGCAUCACACAUUCAUUGUCGACGGGAAGUUUCUCAAAAUGCCGAAAUUCUUCUGCGACUACUGCGAUGUAUACCUCACACACGACUCGAUGAGCGUGCGGAAAGCGCAUAAUUCCGGCCGUAAUCAUUUGCGAAAUGUUCAAGCAUAUUACGAACAGAUCUCCUCCGAUCAAACACAACAGGUCAUCAACUCCAUAACGGACGCAUAUACCGCUGAAGGACAGGCAAAUCCUCUACAUCAAGGGUUGCCAGGAAUGGGAGGCUUUGGGGCCCCAGGCCCAGGUUUUCCACCCCACGGCCUACCUCCGCCCGGAAUGCCCCCACCAGGAAUGCCUCUGCCUCCAUUCAUGGCUGGCCGUGGUGGACCACCUAUGCCACCCGGCGGAUUGCCGUUUCCACCACCUAACAUGCCCGGAGGCCCUCCCGGCCCUGGCGGUGCUCCGAACAUGCCACCAAAUAUGCCCUUUCCUCCACCACACCUGCAAGGCGGACCUCCUGGAGGGCCUAUGCCUCCAUUUCCCUUCCCUCCGAACCAGGCUGGUUCUCCCCCAGGUGGAAUGCCGUUCCCACCGCCAGGCGCAGGCCGAGGCUUUCAACCGCCACCAUUUCCACCUCACGGCGGACCUCCGGGACGUUAGACCAAGAUCACAUUCUCAAGGCGUUAUUAAGGCAGGGUAAUUCUGGAGAAACAUUGCUAGACUUAUGUCUAGAUUAGAUACCACAAUGAAAGCAAAUCAAGUUCUGCAAGGGAAUCUCAUAUUGUUCAAAAACCAUGCAGCAGGUGGACUCAUGUAUGUUCACUCUUAUCAACUUCUUUUUCAUGCUCAUGUUUGUAAGUAGAUCACAUUUCUGCCUAAUGUGAAACAUGGAAUCGGAAAUCGACAGGAUAUAGAAGGACUGAGAAUUACAACUAGCUCAGGAGCUCUCGAGCGUAGUCCUCUACGGUCAUGACGGGCAUGUUCAGCUUGUAGUUUACUGUC